AUGGUGUUCGUAAUGUGGGCGAUUAGGCUAAAAGGCGAGACGUAUGACAUCACAAAUGAAUAUGAGCGUGUACCAACAAUGUUCACCAUAAAGCUACACCAUGGUGGAAAUUUUACCAAGCUUCCAAACACAAAAUAUGUUAAAGGUGAAGUGCGAUAUAUUGAUUUAGUAGACAUUGAUGAGUUCUCAGUUUAUGAACUAGACGCAAUGAUGCUAGAGCUAGGUUACUCUGUACCCCGAGUAAUAUAUUACCAUUUUAGGAUUCCUCAUGAAGACUUGGAUUUUGGUCUUAGAUAUUUAGGGAAUGAUAAUGAUGUCUUGAAUUUGGCUCAAUGGUAA